ACCAUGUGCGGUAUCUUUGCUUACCUGAACUACCAUGUUCCCAGGACGAGGAGGGAGAUCCUGGAGACCCUCAUCAAAGGGCUCCAGCGCCUGGAGUACCGGGGCUAUGACUCUGCAGGUGUGGGACUGGAUGGUGGAAAUGACAAAGACUGGGAAGCCAAUGCCUGCAAAAUCCACCUUAUCAAGCAGAAGGGGAAAGUGAAGGCUCUGGAUGAAGAGGUUCACAAGCAACAGGACAUGGACCUGGACAUCGAGUUUGAUGUUCACCUGGGGAUUGCCCACACACGCUGGGCCACGCAUGGGGAGCCCAACCCCAUCAACAGCCACCCGCAGCGCUCCGACAAGAACAAUGAGUUCAUCGUCAUCCACAACGGCAUCAUCACCAACUACAAGGACCUGCGCAAGUUCCUGGAGAGCAAGGGCUAUGACUUCGAGUCGGAGACAGACACAGAGAGCAUCGCCAAGCUGGUCAAGUACAUGUACGACAACCGCGACAGCGACGACAUCAGCUUCACCACGCUGGUGGAGAGAGUCAUCCAGCAGCUGGAAGGUGCUUUUGCCCUCGUGUUCAAGAGUGUUCAUUAUCCCGGGCAAGCAGUUGGUACCAGGCGAGGCAGCCCCCUGCUCAUCGGUGUGCGCAGCGAGCACAAGCUCUCCACAGACCACAUCCCCAUCCUGUACCGCACAGGGAAAGACAAGAAGGGAAGCUGCAACCUGUCCCGAGUUGACAGCACCACCUGCCUCUUCCCUGUGGAGGAGAAAGCUGUGGAAUAUUACUUUGCUUCUGAUGCCAGUGCUGUCAUCGAGCACACCAACCGUGUGAUCUUCCUGGAGGAUGACGACGUGGCCGCCGUGGUGGACGGCCGUCUGUCCAUCCACCGCAUCAAGCGCACGGCCGGAGACCACCCGGGACGGGCUGUCCAGACCCUGCAGAUGGAGCUGCAGCAGAUCAUGAAGGGUAACUUCAGCUCAUUUAUGCAGAAGGAAAUAUUUGAACAGCCAGAAUCUGUCGUUAAUACUAUGAGAGGAAGGGUCAACUUUGAUGACUACACUGUGAACCUGGGUGGGCUGAAGGAUCACAUCAAGGAGAUCCAGAGGUGUCGGCGUUUGAUCCUCAUCGCCUGUGGCACGAGUUACCACGCAGGAAUGGCUACACGUCAGGUGCUGGAAGAACUGACAGAAUUACCUGUCAUGGUGGAACUUGCCAGUGACUUCCUGGACAGAAACACCCCUGUGUUCAGGGAUGAUGUCUGCUUCUUCCUCAGCCAGUCAGGUAUGGGCUCCCUUCCCCACCCUCCCUCCCUCCU